AUGGACGAUAUACUUGGUAAUGCCAAAAAUAUUCUCAUUAUAUGGACAGUGGAUGCUGAUCAAGACAAGCUGUCGGCGUUUCAAGAUACAUUGCGAACGAAAUCGAAAACAGCGCAAAUUGCGCCUGAGAAAGUGCAAGACUUCUCACAAUCUCGACGUGCGCAAUCUUCGAUCGAUCUGAUUUUCUUCGAUUUGAUCAAUAAGAAGGAUUCCGCAAUCGAUACUGACCUAAUCACUCAAUUUUUUCGUACACUCCGUCCAAAUGGUUAUCUGUUCACUCACAUCGAACAUACUGAACAAGCUCGGAUUAUCAAUAACUUCAAAAUGUGCGGAUUUGAUAGUUGCAAUCCACUGGAUUCCAAUUCGUCAUUCUUAAUUGAAAACAAGAGUGAUGAAGUGAAAAAACUGGGCUCGCUGUGGUUAUGUCAAAAGCCGUCCUUUGACAUUGGCUAUUCCGUUCCAUUACAACGGCCAGGUGUUGCUCUAAUGAGGCAGAUUUCUGGAGUGGGCAGAGGUAGAAAAAUGUGGACAGUAGACCAUGAUGACAGCGAAGAUGAUUCGGUGGAUAUUCAUGGCUUUCAAGGCGCCGAUAAUGAACAGAAAGCGAACGUCCAAAAUUCCUUUGGUAAUACAAAAUCGACUAAUAAUAUCCCAUCUACUACAAGUACUUCAUCUUCACCUAAAUCCAGUGAUCACUUUCCUAAGCCAAUGAUGUCCGAUGUAUAA